AGUCCAUGGCCGGGAGAUGAGGAAAACCUCCGAGGAUUGUCUCACUUUGUCUCCAGACUGGAAAGUAGAAGAUGAGGACAUCACACAGUCUAGUCCAGGAGAAAAACCCCGGCUCCCUCCAAUGUCCAUCCGGCACCACCCAGUGUAGAUGGACCAUCGGAUUCCUCGUAUCCUGAGGAACCUCAGACUGUGCGGGAGCGGGCCGGCCUUCCAACAGGGAAGAGCUUCUCCUGUACUGAGUGCGGGAAGGGUUUCCGUUCUAAAUCCUCUUAAUGUGCAUAAAGAUCUCACACGGGGGAGAAGCCAUAUCUCCUGUCCUGAGUGUGGGAAAUGUUUUUCACAGGAAUCCAAAUCUUUAACAAACAUCAGAGAUCUCACACGGGGGAAAAAGCCAUAUUCCUGUCCUGAGUGUGGGAAAUGUUUUUCAGCUAAGUCCAGUCUUAACACACAUCAGAGAUCUCACACGGGGAGAAGCCGUAUUCUGUCCUGAGUGCAGGAAAUGUUUUUC